AUGUCGGACGAGGAGCAUCACUUCGAAUCCAGCGACGCCGGAGCUUCGAAGACGUAUCCUCAGCAAGCUGGUAACAUCCGUAAAGGCGGUUACAUCGUCAUCAAGGGCCGUCCCUGCAAGGUGGUUGAGGUUUCGACUUCAAAGACUGGAAAGCAUGGUCAUGCGAAAUGUCACUUCGUUGCCAUUGAUAUCUUCACUUCUAAGAAGCUCGAAGAUAUCGUUCCUUCUUCCCACAAUUGUGAUGUUCCACAUGUGAACCGUACGGAUUACCAGUUGAUUGAUAUCUCUGAAGAUGGCUUUGUCAGUCUUUUGACUGAUAAUGGUAGCACUAAGGAUGAUCUCAAGCUCCCAACAGAUGAAGCUCUGCUCACACAGCUCAAGACUGGGUUUGAAGAGGGUAAGGAUAUAGUUGUGUCUGUCAUGUCUGCAAUGGGAGAGGAACAGAUGUGUGCCCUGAAAGAAGUUGGUCCCAAGUAA